UUAAGAGUCUAGAGUCUAGAGAGGGAUUUAUCAUUUCUCAUCCACAGAGAGAGAGAGAGAGAGAGAGAGAGAGAGAUGGAAGGGCGUCGUUUGGUGGAGACGGCGCGGAAGUGGCUGGGCGCUCUGUCAAAGGGCAUGAUAUGUCAGGAAGUGGAGACCAUAGCCAUGGAGGGCCUCCAGGUCGUCCAGGCUCGCAAGGGUUUUAUUCUCUGUCAUUUUUUGGUUCCCAAUCGCCUCUCAGAUCGAGAUGGAAAUUGGCACAUCGGAGCUAUGGCAACGUUAAUCGACAACCUUGGGGCUGGCGCCAUUUGGUCCUCUGUCGGGAAUAUCAAAUCGACCGUCAACCUCAAUAUUUCCUACUACUCCACGGCUAAGAUCCAAGAAGAAGUUGAGAUAGAGGCGAAAGUUGUGGCAGAAAAAGAAACAUUAGUGGCAGCGGUGGUGGAGAUAAGAAAGAGAAGUAACGGAGAACUAGUUGCUUUGGGUAAACAAUGGAUGGCUAGAGGUAUGGUCAAUCUCACUGAAGUCAGCAAGCUCUGACCAGUUUACAAUGGAUCACCACCCCCUCUUUAGUCCCUCGGCAGUCUUUUUCCGCCACAACCCAUCAGCUCCAUUUUUUCUUUUAUUCUCCAUUGCGAGAAUCACAUGUAUUCCUUCGGAAGAGUGUGGAGUCUUGCGACAACGUAUAACAUUAUAGAGUUAGGAUUUUUUAUCUUGUUUUUUAUCGUAAGAGUUGUCUUAUAUGGCCAUAAGGUCGUGAAGACAAGGUAGUGGACUUCCGCAACAGCCACUUCGAGACAAGAUGCUGUCACAAUAAUCACUAUGGCCUUUGGUCAUGGGGCAACAAUCCAUUUUCGGAUUGCAUAAAAGCAAUCACUUUGUGUGGCUCUUCCUUAGUGGAGAUGAGUAGGAAACAUUUAUUUGUUUCCGGUAUCUAUUUUUCUAUAAUGUUGCACUAAUUAAGAAAUGGUGUUUGUCGGGAUUCAUUAUCCCUUAUUCA